GAUUUUAAAGUGUGUGUAGGCACACAUAAAUAUCGCUACAAUGGCAGACAAUACAGAGACAAUGCAAAACACAGCCGAUAGUGAAGCUCCAGACUAUGCUUCCAUGACAGCUGAUGAACUCUUUGAAAGAGGGAAACACAACUUCAAAAUCUUGAAGGACUACGCAGAAGCGGCGGAAUGCUUCUCACGAUGCGUUGAGAUAAGAAGCGCUAAUAACCCCUAUGAUAAUGCAUUGAGGGAGUGCUACCUAUGGUACGCAGACUCGCUGUUAACUAAAGAAGAAGAAAACCAAUCAAUGUUCGCAUCGGCAGUAGAUACAGGCACUGAUGGAAGCCUGCCGUCAGCAGAAACUGUAUUGGAAAAUGCCGGUCAAAAGGAAGCGUCUGAUGAAACGCUCGCAUUCGAAAUGUUCCAAAUUGCCUUCCACUGCUACAAGGAUUUCCUGGAGUCGCAGACUAGCAAAGGACCUGAAAUGGAAAAGGAAGUACUAGAUGCAUCGUACUGCUGUGUUAGAUUGGGUGAUAUGUUCUUCACAAACAACCAGUUCCCAGAAGCAGCAACGGAGUACCAACGCGCAGUGGAACUCAGAAGACAAUAUCACGUACCAGAACGACAUCUAGCGUCAAUAUACGUGUCAUUGGCACAAUGCCAAAUGUUUAGCGGACAACUGGGAUUGGCACUACGCACAUUCACCGAAUCAAAAGAAAUAAUGAUGAGGUUGUUAAUGGGAAAUAUGACCGAUGAGGAACAGCAACGUAUGAAAGAUACAGUCGAAGAUGUAGAUAUACAAAUAGCGGACCUCAAGAAACUAAUCGAGUCCGUAUCCACAAAAACAGAUAACCAGGGUAGCCAGUGCAACGCAGCGGAUUUAGUUCCACAAACAACGGGCACAUUCGAUCAGAAAAAGUUAGAUGAAAAUGCAAAAUCAGCAGUUAUCAACAUAGCUGAAAACAAUACAGGAACUAAACGACGUAUAGAUAUCUCGGGAAUGUAUAAAUGAGACG